UAAAAAAUGACCAGGUUAACUGAUGACAUUACAAAACAGGACAAAAUGUGUGUGGACAAUAAAUAAAUAGGUUUUAUUGGCAGAUUGAUGAAUUUUAGACUGGAUUAGUUUUAUCUUGGCGUACCUAAUAAACUGGCAACUGAAUGUACAUGCAUUAAAGCGUAUUCCUGUAUAUUCAUUGUCAAAUUGCACAUUGUCUGAAGAAGCCUAAGUGCCAAAAUUACUGCUGUCCUUUCACCGCAGAGUGCCAGUCGAGACCCUCAGCGAUCUCCAAUGCAGUGGAGUGAUGACAUGAACGCAGGCUUUAACAACAAAACCAACAUCACAUGGCUGCCUGUACACCCGGACUAUAGAACUGUCAAUGUGGAGGUCCAGAAGAAAGAUGAAGGUUCUGUUCUGGCUCAGUACCGUUUCCUGAACACCUUGCGUGAGUCAGAGCUCCCCCUUCACCGUGGGUGGUUCUGCUACGUCCACGCUGAUCCCGGUGUCUUCUCUUACCUCAGAGAGCUUGAUGGGCUUGACCGAGCUUUCCUCAUGGUGCUUAACUUUGGUGAUAAAUCUGCCGUCACAGACCUCUCCUCUAUUCCUGAGUUGCCAGAUGAGCUGAAGGUGCUUAUGAGCACAAACCAAGUCAACGAUGGAAAGGUGUUGCAAAAGUCUCGUAUCCUGACAGAGGUGGGAGAGGGUCUGGUGAUUCAGUACUCCUCCCCCACUCGGUUUCAUCCCAGCCACCCCAAACAGUGCUAUAUCUCUGAGAAGGCCUGCUAUUUGGGGGCCAUGGACAUACUUUAUAAAUGCUGACAUGAAUGGAUGAUGGCAUUCAGCUAUUACAGUAUCACAGUAACAGUCAAAUCAUAAACAUUCUUUGGCAUCUCCUCUGUAAGGCAUCUGUCAUAUGAUAAAGUGGUCCAUUGCAGAUUUCAGUCUUCACUGUUGAUGUCCUCUCUUUCUCACUGGAUCAUUGUCAUUUGAUGCUAGACCACCUCUUGAUAGCCAUGCUAUCUCUUCCUCUUGCGUUGAGCCCGAGGAGGGUCCAGGCUCAGCUCGGUGUACAGAAAUCCUAGGUUGAGGGCUUCCUGUAUUGGGGAGAAAAGACAAGAGGUCAAAUUUCUCAGUCUGCAGCCAUCAACUGAUGUUUUUGUUCUCAAUGAGAGGAAAGAAUUGGGCUACAUUUUAAAUUCAAAAUGUAUAACAUGGUACCUACUGAGGAUUCCUUCGACAGAUCGUGCUUAGAUCAGAUUUGACUACUGUUUAUUACAAAUGACUUGUAAUCACUGCAAUAAUAAACCACAGCAAUUGUAAUACUCAAAA